UUGCAAGUGCACAUUGCAGACAGAUUUAAAUCACCACCAUCACGUGCAGCAGUUUUGCCGAGAUCUCUCACAACUGCUGCUCUGCGCCUUCCAAGAGGAAAAAAGUGUAAGGUACUGCUUGUACACCCUACCGCAAGACGACACGGCAAAUACCCGGUCGACGACGACGGCGCUUGACUUGGAGUACGUUGCGGCCGUCGAUCUCGGCUCCCUGAUCUACUGCACCUCGAAGUGGGUCAUCGUCUUGGGUGCCGUCGUCCUCGCGAGGAGGAUGUCGGCCAACCUUGUCUCCCACAACGUCGAUCCAUUCAGCGAAACUCCGCUUGAUCACGACAACGACGAUGACGACGAUACUCGGAUGCAGACAGAAUGCAGUACACAAGAGAAUGGAAUUGAUAGUCAAGAGGAAAAUAAAGAGAUAGAGUUUCCUAAGCAGUUGCCAUUUGCAGAGCCACUGUUACCAAAAGAAAUUCGAUGGAUGUACAAGGAAGAUGUAAAUAAGAGAUGGGUGGAAUUUUGCGGAUAUGACAGUUUAAGGAUAGAAAAUGCUUGGAGACAAAGACAAUGUGCCGCAAACGAAAAUGGAAAUGGUAGUGAUUCCGGAAGGAUUGAAAGAGUUAUUGUUAGAGGCGGCAUGUACGAUGCUGACCUGGAAAACAUGAAGUGUAUAUCUAUAUACUGGCCAGGUGAAGAAUCGGAAAUAAUGAGAGGCACAUGGUUUUAUGACGGAACGUGGAUACCACUGGAAAGCGAUAACUCGGAAGUUAUCGAAAAUUCUCACCUAAAAUUGUUUCAGAGGCAAACUUUAACACAGUCAAGUUCAACGCCGGAAUUUGGCACUCCUUCACAUUCGUGCAAAGCCCUCCAUACCGAACACUUUCCGCAGUAUCACAUCAAGUGGCACGCGAUAAAUGAUGUCGAUUUAUAUUAUGAAUAUACGCCUAGCAAAUUAAUGCGAAGCGUUUCAUCGAAACUUGGCUUUACUAAAACAACUGGUUAUAGAAUCGUAAGAGGAUACAAAGAACAUGCCACAAUGGAAGAUAAACCGCAAGAUAUUGACCACUUAGUGUUUGUAGUUCAUGGGAUUGGCCAAAAAAGAGAUACAGGGAAAAUAAUUCGAAACACAACGAUGUUCAGAGACUGCGUUGAAAGAAUGAAACUGAAAUAUUUUCCAAAUUCUACACAUAGAGUCGAAUUCUUUCCAGUGGAAUGGAGAUCUUCCCUGAAACUGGAUGGAGAUAUUGUAGAUGCCAUUACUCCAUUUAGUGUAUUAAGUAUUCGGCAUCUUCUUAAUACUUCCGCUAUGGAUAUCCUGUAUUACACUAGUCCUCUAUAUGGAGGAGAAGUACGCUCUGGUCUCCAAAAAGAAUUGAAUAGAUUAUACAAUACUUUCGCUGAACGACAUCCAGAGUGGCAGGGAAAGGUUUCGAUCUUAGCACAUUCUCUUGGAUGUGUUAUUGUUUACGAUAUUGUUACUAGGUGGAUGGGCUUCGAAACAUAUCCUCCAGCUUCAUCUCCAUGUUUAUCAGAAGGCUUGAGGUUUCCUAUUGAAAAUUUGUUUUGUCUGGGCUCACCACUGUCGGUAUUUUUAGCUCUGCGUACUCGUACACCGUCCAACAGAUUAGACUUAAUGCCAGAAUACUUGUGCAACAGAUUUUAUAAUAUAUUCCACUGGUCAGAUCCCGUUGCUUACCGAAUGGAGCCCUUGUUGGAAAGAGGGUAUAGCAAAAUAGAGCCAGUUUGUAUAUUACCUCACGGUGGAGCUGAUAGUCAACCAAUUGAACAAACACAGCCCUUGUCAUUGAAUAAUGGUGAUCAGAGUAAUCCGCAGUCCGAUACUGACGAAAAGGAUGCAGACAGCAGUCCGGUCGAUACACCGAGCAGAACUGUAGAUAAAGGUUGGAGUCUGUGGGGUUUAGUUAGAGCAGGAUGGAAUGCAAAAGAAGGGUCUUCUCCUACUCCUGAAAACCCCAUAAUACAACCUGAUCAAGAGUUACCACAACGUUUAGAUUAUGGAUUGCAAGCAGUAGGUAUAGGGCGUAACUAUUUAUAUACUGUAACAGCUCACACUGCAUAUUGGACAAAUUGCGAUGUGGCGUACUUUGUACUAACAAAAAUCUUCCCAUGUUUGGAAUCGUGAUUCUGAACCGUGAUUUUUAGUAAAGAAUUAUUUCGGAUUAUACUGGAAAUAGCUAGUCUAAUAAAGGCCUUAUAGGCCUGAGCUUGGAAACAGGCCUGCCACCAAAAACAAAUCUGUGAUAAAUGAAAAAACAAUACAAUAAUAACAAAAUCUACAAUGUGCAAAUUUUUUUAUAAUAGUUUGCAUAAUAAGAAUUUUUCAGUCCUAUUGAUAAGAAUUUUUUCAGUUAUUUGUGACUUUUGUAUUGAGGAUUCUAUUUUUUGGUGGAAAAUUUUCAUAAGUACGAUUUUCUUUUAUUAAAUUAAUUUGGCAGUUGCCUCGAUCGAGCAAUAUCUUGCCUUGUUCAACUACUUUAAUCUUUAAUGUUUAUUGUUACAUGAUAUUGUAAUUUUUAUUUUAUGAUUGAAGUAAGUUAAUUGGUGCUCAUUUAUUAAAAAAAUGUUGUUAUUUCUUAAAACAAUUUUAAACAAUGUUUGAAAAUUUAUUGUUACCAUAUCAAAAGACGGUUUAAAAAUAGCACAACUCUAAAUACUAAUGAAAUAACAGCAAUGGUAGAGAACAGUAAACAAUUGGUUAGCGACUGAUAUAUUAAUUGAAUACCACUUUUAUAUUCUUGUAAUAUUGAGAUCAUUAUUUGUAAACAAAACUGACAAGACUUUAAUUACUAUCAUAUCCAUACAUAAUCAUUUUUUCAAAAACUCUUUUAGAAAUAUAACGACUCAAUGCUGCUUAAAAACCAUAUUUUUUAAAUAUUUACUGCUGUAAAAAAGAAGUUCAAAAUUACUAGAUCAUCAUUUUAUAAUAGUUAUUACCAUUUUGCAUUAAAUUAGAUGGAGAUCGUGCACAAUCUAUACGAAAUGUAUUGGUAGUAACUAGUGAAUAUUGGAAGAGAUUCGAUAAAAAUAAAUAUCGACUAAGUAUAUCACGAUUCUUUUUGUUCUCAAACUAUUAUUAUAACAAUCAUUUGAAAUGAUCAUGUAUGUAAAUAAAGUUGUUAAACACCAAAUCAUCACU